AUGGCUGUCCUGCAAGAGGCCAACAGUGCCUCGCCAAUUGAGGAAACGACGCCCCUUCUGCCACACGAAAAUGAACCCAAACAAAGAGAAGGGAAGCGGGGCGUAUCAGUCUUGUUUCGCGCUUUGCUCUGCGCUUUUCUCGUCUCGUUGACCUUUGGCAUUACUCAAGUUCCCAUCCUCUAUGCUUUCCGCCUCAUGAUGUGCGAUGCGUUUUACGAGCAUCAUGAACCGGAUCCCGACGUCGAUGAUAUUUGCGCCAGGCGCGAGAUCGAGGCUGGAGCUGCGCGCUCUUUUGCUGUUUUGGCCUCGUCGACUACGAUUUUUGGUCUGGUGAAUCUGCUUGUAGCUGGGUGGACGAUUAAAAGGCUGGGCGUCAAGUUGGCGCUCAUUAUUCAGAUUUUUUGGCCUGCGGUGCGUCUGCUGGUGCAGACUAUCGGUAUCAUGCACGGCGGCAAGAUUGGCAUCUUGAUUGUGCAGUCUUCCCAGAUCAUCACUGUCGUAGGUGGCCCGAAUGGUUACGUCCUAUGUCUCAAUUCGCUGGUUGCCGAUGUGGUCCAGCAUGAAGCGCGGACUGGCUCAUUGGGCCGCCUUCAGGGCUGCAUGUACUUUGGCUCCGCAAUUGGCUUUUUGGUUGGUGGUGUUGUAGGUGACUACUUUGGUAUUCUUGCGCCGUUCCGCAUGACGCUGGCAUUGUUCCUGCUAUGCUGCUUAUACGUUGCCUUGUCUCUACCUGCCAUGCCUCCGCCCAUAGAGGACGAGAACGCGAAGCCUCGCCAAAGCACCGGUAUUGCGCGCUUCUUGGGCCCUCUUCGAAUCUUUGCGCCGCAAAAAUGGGUUCUACCAGACGGACGUACAUGCACUCAGACCGGAGCAUUGACCCUAGGCAUUGGCGUCUUCUUGGGUAUCCUUGCGACAGGAUAUAUACCAGUGCUACUCCAAAUGUACGCAACUGCGGAAUUUCAUUUUGGUACCAGUGAGAAUGGAGCAUUGAUCUUCCUAUACUCGUCUUUGAGAGGUGGGUUUCUCUCCCUCGUCUUCCCGCGCAUCAUUGCUGCUGGGCGGAAAUGGCUGGGUGACGGCGACAAAAAGAGGGAAGAGGAAGAAGAGCAAAGGGGGCCACUACUCGCAGUCCAUGUCAUACCGCCCACGCCCGCGACAACAGAGACUGUUGAUCCCCUGGAGAAUGAGGAACCGCCAAACCCAGAACCAACGAAUGAACAAGAGACGUUUGCGUUUGACCUGUUCUACGCGCGUUUCAGUCUUUUGCUUGAUGGGAUCCUUACCGGCGUCGCCGUCUUUGUGUCGCAGGGAUGGCAGAUGUUUCUUGUCGCCGUAUUGCUACCAUGUGCUGCAGGUACGGGUGCAGCGUCAAAGGGAUCGAUCCUCCAGAUGCUUCCAAACGCCGAGCGCGUCGACGCAUUGGCUGGCAUUACACUUGUUGAAAACAUCGCACGACUGUCGACCACUACAGUAUUCGGAUUGACAUUUGCGGCGCUCGCUGAGAUCGGGCAAAGUCAUCUCACGUUCGUCUGCAACGCUGCUGUUGCAUUGCUCGGCUUCGUGGUCUUGAUUUUCACGCGCUUUCCGCCGAAAGGUAGUCAUCGGGUGGGAGCCUAA